GGUGGGCAGGGGUGCAGUGGGCCUCGCGGGCGGCUGGUGUGGACGGACGAGCGCUGGGUGCGGGGGCGCCGGGAGGGCCCGGCCGCAGCCCGGAGUUCGCCUUCCUGGGUGGGGUCCUUGCUCCUCCCCGCUGCAGCCACGCCCCGGCGAUGUCGGCCCGCGCGGUCCCUUUAAGUGUCCGGGGCCUGCCCUCUCUCCCGCCUCCGCCAUGGCCGCGCAGCUGCUGGAGGACAAGCUGAACUGCGCCAUCUGCCUGGGGCUCUACCGGGACCCGGUGACGCUGCCCUGCGGCCACAACUUCUGCGGUGCCUGCCUCCGGGACUGGUGGGGCCGCUGCGAGAAAGCGUGUCCCGAGUGCCGGGGGCCCUUCCCCGACGGAGCCGAGCUGCGCCGCAACGUGGCGCUCAGCGCCGUGCUGGAGGUGGUGCGCGCCGGGCCCGCCCCGGCCCCCGACCCCGGCCCGGCCCCCGGCCCCGGCCCCGGCGCGCUCUGUCCCCGCCACGGGCGGCCGCUCGAGCUCUUCUGCCGGACCGAGGACCGCUGCGUGUGCAGCGCGUGCACCGUGCGCGAGUGUCGCCUCCACGAGCGGGCGCUGCUGGACGCCGAGCGCCGCGAGCGCGAGGCCAGGCUGAGAGCUGAGCUGGAGGUCACCCAGCAGAAGGCCACCCAGGCUGAGACCCACCUACAGGAGCUGCAGCAGCGAAGCAGCCAGAUCCAGAGCUCAGCCUGCACCUUGGCCUCCUCGGUCUCUGGCAAGUUCAGCAGCCUGCUGCAGGCACUGGAGAUGCGGCGGGACUUGGUGCUGAAGGGCAUUGAGGCAGCCAAGACACAGGUGCUGGCACAGGCCCAGGAUGAGGAGCAGCAGCUACGGGGCCACCUGGACGCCCUGGAUCACUGUGGCCACAGGAUCCGGGAUCUCCUGGAGCAGGCAGAUGACCGGACCUUCCUCCAGGAAUUACAGCUCUUUGAGCCACCAGGGCCUCUGGGGCCACUGACCCCUCUGCAGUGGGAUGAAGACCAACUGCUGGGCGACCUGAAUGAGUUGCUGAGCCGGCUGUGUGGCCUCCUCCUGGAAGAUGGGGGCAACUCCAGGGCACCAGCCAAGGCUGCUGACUUAGGUCCCGUGGAAGCCCCAGAUCCCCUGACACCAGUUCUGAGUGCAGUGUGUCCCCUGAGGAGGAAACUCUGGCAGAAUUAUCGCAAUCUGACCUUUGACGCAGACAGCGCCAACCGCCACUUCUACCUGUCCUGCCAGGACCAGCAGGUGAAGCACCGUCACCAGCCCCAGGGCCCAGCGAGGCCAAGCAGCUUCGAGCUGUGGCAGGUGCAGUGUGCCCAGAGCUUCCAGGCUGGGCGGCACUACUGGGAGGUGCGCGCAUCUGAUCAUUCAGUGACAUUGGGCAUCGCCUACCCAGAAUUGCCACGGCACAAGCCAGGGCCCCACACAGACAACAUUGGCCGUGGGCCCUGCUCCUGGGGACUGUGCAUCAAGGAGGACAGUGUCCAGGCUUGGCACAACGGGGAGGCUCAGCGCCUCCCAGCAGUGUCCGGGCUGCUCCUGGGUGUGGAUUUGGACCUGGCCUCUGGCCGCCUCUCCUUCUACAGCCUGGAGCCCCAGACCCAGCACCUGCACACCUUCCAUGCCCUCUUCACCCGGCCCCUCCACCCCAUCUUCUGGCUCCUUGAGGGUAGGACCCUUACCCUGUGCCAUCAUCCUAGAGCUAAGCUCCCCCCAGGGCCCCGGGAAGAGACCUCAGCACUCCCCUGAGGAAGGCCCAGGAUGAAACUCUGGGGUAGGGACGGGUGCCACCAUGCCUUUGUGCCCAGGAGCUUCCCAGGAGACCCAAGGCCACAGCUCUAAUGGCACCAGCCAGUGGCCUCCCUGUUGACUCAGAAAGAGAGGCGGGGGGAGCCCCCAAACUGGAGUAGAGCAUAAACCCAGAGUUCACUUUUCCAGUCCCUUUAAAGGGGACUGGAAGGGAGUGUGAUGGGAAGCCCCUGCCGCAACAGAGCCCAGUUCUAGACACUGCCUGGGCCUUGGGGGCUCUAGGCUAACAUGACAGUAUGUGUGACAAAAUUAUACUUCUCAAGCCUAGUGUACCUUCCCCCAGAGGUGAAGGGGACCGAAGGAGCAGUCCAUGUGUGGAGAGUGAACCACAAACGAUUUCAGGAGAAAAAGGAUUUCUACCUUCUCCCUCCCUGCCUCCCUUUAUUUUUUGUAACAUUUUGGUAUAUCUUA